AUGCAGACCACGGUAAUGAUGUGAAUCAGAAAAACGCUGAAACACCAGAAGGACCAAGGCUCCCCCCAAAAGUUCCAUCACAUUCUUCAGCUUCUGGAGUCGAAACUGCUCUUGCCCUUGCAGAAAGUAGUAUGAAGAAAUCACCACCAGUAGCUCCACCCAAUCAAAAGGAAGCGUUUGUACCUCCAAAAAAAGAAGCAGAAAAGGUGAACAAUGGGCUUCACAGAGUCCUUCAGAGGAAAACAGGCAUGAAUAUUCCCCGUUUAAGUACUUUCCCUAGAAAUUCUGAAUAUCAAAGUCAGUUUGUUUGGAAGAGUCCUCAGGAAAAGUCACCAAUACUUGCAGCUGAACAGACUAAGAGGGAAGAACUGUUACAAAAGCCAGCAGAAGAUGCAUCAAAACAAGGGAAAUCAGAGCAGAAACAUCCUAAACGAAAAAAUAAGCAGCAUAUCAGUCAAAAGCCCCUUUCUUUACAUACAAAUCGUGGGAAGAUGAACACUGAAUACAGGUCAAAAUUUUUGUCCCCAGCCCAGUAUUUCUACAAAGAUGGAGCUUGGUCUCGUAUUAGGAGUAAAGUUCCCAAUCAGGCAUCACAAAACUCCCUAAAUUCCAUGUGGUAUAUGGAGGUGAGAGAACUUCGAGCAAGAGCAAAGGCUUACAGGCAACGAAUAGAGGGAACACACUUCUCUCGAUACCAUCUCAACCAGCUCCUGUCUGAUAAUAACAGUCUGUGGGAUGUAUCCUCAAGUUCCAGUUCAGAAGAAGGCAUCAGUAAUGACAUCAGAGCACUAGAUCUUGCUGGAGUUUCUGAAAAGGAGACAGCACCAAAGCCAAAAGUGCUGCAGCAACCUGGCUCCAGAGAAGAGUCUCACCAGGAUGACACUGAGAAGAAAGACUUGUCGGAUGUGCCAACUGUUCCAGUCAAAAGACGUUUAGUUUGGGGUGAACAAGAAGGCACUGAAGAAAAAGAGAGUCAACAAUCAACAGAAGAAGAAGAAAAAGAAAACGAGCAAGCUGCAGUUGUGACACAGAAUUUAGAAAAAGACAAUAAGGGUAUAAAUGAAGAUAACAAAGUUGAAGGUGAAAAUACCUGCCUGCUGAAUUCUCCUGCAGCUGUGUCAGAUUCUUCUUCUGUAUCCUCGGAGCCUGCAGGCAGACUUCCUACCCCAAAGCUGAGAGCACUUGGCCGAGUCCAGAGAACUCAUCAUGAUCUCACAACCCCUGCUGUUGGGGGUGCAGUUCUAGUGUCUCCUCCUAAAUUCAAGUCUUCAUCUUCACGGCAGAGAAUGAGAAGUUUAGGAACAGAUCCUUCCUCAGCGAAGCAAGGUGCAAGAGAGGCUUCACAAAGAAAGUCCUUCCAGCCUGAAGCAGAAGUGAAAGCUGUUUCACUCCUUACCUCUCCACCUGCUGGGCUGGGAACUGUGGAUCUUCUGCCACUUAGGCAAGAUCAGUGGCAUCCUAAUGGUGUUUCUGGUGAGACAGUUGCUAUUAAUUCAGCAUAUCAAGAGCAGUCCUCUACACCUCCUGUGCUGAAGUCAACCAAAAACCACCCUGUGCCUUGUUGGUGUCCCUCUCCUCGUAUUCAAGGGACUCUCAAGGAUCCUGAGUUCCAGCAUAAUGGAAAUAUUGGGAAUCCAAAAAUGAGAUCUUUCCAACUACCUCUUCAGGAAAGAAACUACAACAAUGAAGAUGACAGGCUGUCUCAGAUUUCUGCUCGCUCAGCAGCCUCUAGCUCACUUGCAUCUCAGAUACUGGAACGAGCUCAGAAGAGGAAGGAGGAUUUCUGGGGCAAGACAUAAUCUCUCUCACCUGUUUUCUACAAAUUGUUCUGUAAAAUGAUUUAUUUUUAUAGGUUGUACAUUUUUAAAAAUUGUAGAUAUCAUGUAGCAUCCUUUUACUUGUUACUACUACAGUUCCUCUUUAGAACUUGCCAUCCCAAUUUAAAAUUUCAAUAUUUAAACCAGUGUUGAAAAUGCAGAUCUUUAUGUUUGAGAAUUAUGUUACAGAAGAUGGAGGGGUUUUUUUUGUUGUUUGUUUGUUUGUUUUUUAAUGCAACCUCUUGAAACUGAGACAAUUAUUUUUGUGUAACCUGUGUCUUUAUUAUCAAGAUGUUCUGCUGCAGUGAGGCAGUAUGACCUGGGGCAGUAUUCAGGGGCAGCAUUAUCACUCACAAAACAUCUCAGUUGCUUGAUUUUUUUUUAACCAGGUAUCUUAAAGGCAACCGUGGUACAUUUCAUUAUGCUACUUCAUGAAUUUGAGUACAAUACAGCGCUGUAACAAAAUCCGUUGCUUUUGCUACUUACUACUUUUAAGCUGUUAACAAAAACUCCUUAUUACUACUUAAGAAAGCUGACAUGGCACAUAAAAAAAUUUGAGAAAAGGAUGCUAAGCUUCAGGGCUUGUUGAUUGCCCACGUUUUUUUGUUUUUUUUUGUUUUUGGCCAGAAUGACUAUUAAAGGUCAAUGCAUACGGUUCUGCAGCCUAUCAGAUGUACUGAUGUUUUGUGGGCAAGAUCCAUAGUUAGUUUUAAUGUCAGCUUCUCUAGAAAAAGCAACCUUAACCAUUUGAACUGUGGUCUGUCCCAGCAUUGUUCAACCUCAGGUACUUAGGAGUAAUCGAUACCUUUAAGUAAACUCUGAAGAAUGUUUUCUUGAUGUUGACGUUUUAAUUACCUCUCUUUCCAGUUACCUGUUUAUGGGAAACUGGAAUACUGUUACAAUUGUCAGAGCAAAAAUAUUUGUGAUUUGUGCUGAUAGCUUGUUUUUCCAUUGUAUGUGAUGCAGACAAGUCAACAUGAAAUAGAAGAAAUGGAUGGCUAGCAGCCAAUUCUUUCAGUGGUUUGGUUCUUCUUUGCUGGCUUCAAUUUUUAAUAUUAUUGAAUUUGAAAAUUUUGUACAGUAACAAUUUGAAUUUUGUACAAGUUUGUAUACAUUUUGAUUUUCUACUCAAUUAAUGUCCAUGUAUUACUUAAAAUAAAAAAGGUCAAAUUGGU